AUUGAUUCAAGCGACAAAAAGCGUCGACUCCACGCAACUAGUGGGUACGCCACCGAUAGCGGAGCCAUGGUUGAAAUUUUUGAAGUUAAGGAUGCUUCGUUCCACAUUCUAAUUCUUUCUAUUAGGCUGUCAGUAUCAAUUGAGAUCCUCAGUUUCACUUCUCUGACUAUACGACCGCGACGUUGAGCAAUCUGAGAAUCACCACUGCUAGUUGAUGGUCCAAAACACAUCGACCAUCUUAGCCCAACAAUUGAUCCGCCUCAGCUGCUGAAAAUUACCACGCCAUCAUCUCAACCGCAACUUCCGAAGAUGGGCUCUAUUCCGACCGGACGCUUUUCCUCCUUACCAAAGGUUGAAAAGGAUGAGGUUUUUGCCUUGCUCGGGCAGUUUCGUGCGGAUACGUUUCCAGAUCGAGUCAACCUUGGUGCAGGUGUCUACUGCUCCGAUGAAGGCAAGUCAUGGCCUCUAGAAGUCGUUGGAAGGAUAGAGAAGAGCAUGCAUGAACAGCACGACAUCACCCGCCACGAUUAUAUCCCCAUUGAGGGAGACGACCGAUUCCUGAAUGCCGCUAGGGACUUGGUGUUCUCAUCUACCUUUCCCUCUCCGCCCGGCGAGCAACAAUCAGAUCCCCGAGUUGUUUCUGUGCAAACCAUUUCCGGUACAGGCGCCAACCAUGUCGGUGCUCGAUUCCUUGCUGAUCAUUUGCAACCCCGUUGUGUAUGGGUUUCCGAUCCGACUUGGGCCAAUCACCAUGUCAUCUGGGAAUCUGUUGGCGUUACUCCGCGUACAUACCCGUACUACAACAAAGCCGACUGCACUCUCAACUUCACUGCUAUGAUGGACGUUUUGGAGAGAGAGUCCCAAGCCGGCGAUGUCAUCCUGCUGCACGCUUGCGCACACAACCCGACAGGCUUGGACCCAACUCGAGACCAAUGGAUCGCGAUAGCAGAUCUUUGUUAUCGAAAGCAACUCUUCCCGUUCCUUGAUAAUGCCUACCAGGGCUUCGCAUCAGGAGACCCGGUUCAAGAUUCGUGGGCAAUCCGCUACUUUCAUCAAUACCAGCCACCCAUGGAGAUGUGUGUUGCUCAAUCAUUCUCAAAGAGUUUUGGUCUCUACGGGCAAAGAGCUGGAGCCUUUCACCUAGUCUUAAAUGACACCUCAAAAAUUACCAAGGACAGGGUCCUAGGGAACCUGGCCCAGCUAAUUCGCGGCGAAUACUCAGUAGCACCGAGGUACGGAUCUACCAUAGUCCGCACCAUCCUCGAGAGCGAAUCCCUGUCGAAUGAGUGGUUAGCCGAACUGCAGUUGAUGAGCAGUCGUAUACGAUCAAUGAGAGUUGCCCUCUAUGAAGAACUAUGCCGUCUUGGUACUCCGGGGUCAUGGGUGCAUAUAACUGAGCAGAUUGGCAUGUUUUCGUAUACAGGCCUUACCCCGGUGGAGGUAGAUGUUCUGCGGAAGCAAUACCACAUCUACCUGCUGUCUUCUGGACGAGCAUCAAUCGCAGGAUUGAACUCUAAGAACGUAAAAUAUGUCGCGGCUGCUAUCAGCGCUGUGCGAACCAAGUCGCAUUCGAACUGAUCACAUGAGGGGGUUUGAGAUACCAAAUGGGAUUGAUGGGGGAUAAAAACUGUGUGGUGAAAGGCUAGUCCAGGCUUUGCCAUGCCCGAUGAUGGUUAUCGGAGUGGGAAUACCAGGGCUCCAAGUAGCAGUGUGAGAUUUUAGACAUCUACAUUACUCCUUAUCAAUUGCCAAUUUAACAAUAACAGCCUCAAA